AUGGGCAACUUCCAACGCGACGGCAGCAUGGCCUUCUACAACCAAGGAGCCCGCCCCAACUACAUCUCCUCAAUCGAACCCAUCCACUUCAAAGAACGCACAGUCGACACUCAAAAAGUCCACGGCCAAUUCACCGGCAACGCCGUAACAUUCCUCUCCGAAAUCCGCGCCGAAGAUUUCAACGCGCCACGCGCGCUCUGGGAAAAAGUCUUCACUGCCGAUGCCAAAGAUCGCUUUAUCAAUAAUAUCUCGGGGCACAUGGCUAACUGCAAGAAAGACGAGGCUAUCAAGCGUCAAAUUGCUAUUUUCCGCGAGGUGUCCGAGGAUCUCGCUAGUCGUCUCGAGAAGGCGACGGGUAUUAAGGGGUACCCUGGUAUUGCGGAUUUGAACUUUAGCGGUACGCAUAAUGGGAUGGCGAGAGAGAAGGCAAAUCGCACGGCGAAUAAGAUGAAGGGGGUUAGUUUGAGUCAUAAUGAUAGUAAUGGGGCCCCUGCUAAGGGGAGUCAUGCUACUACUACUGCUUAA